AUGAUUGGCUUUCCAUCAGGACCCGCCAAGGCUCAACGCAAGAACGCUACUUUGGUCGAGAUGCAGAAGGCUAUGAAGGAGCUGUCUUUGCAAGAUUCUGCUGCAGCCCAAGAAGAGGAACAGGAGGAGAAGAAGAAGCAGCCUUCAAAAGUAUCAAUCAAUGAUGUUGAGUUGGUUGUGAAACGUUUGGCGGUGAGGAUGUUUUUGUACACAAUUUACUCAAAAAUCCUUUGUGCUGACAUGACACCUGACAAACUUGGGGUACAUCACGAGGUCCUCAUGGACACCAUCGGACGUGAUGAGUUCAAGAAUCUCACAACGGAACAGAGAACACAGGCGAACGACUUGCAGGAUCAACUUGAAACCAUGUUCGAUGCGGAAGACAAGUGUUUCCCGUUCUUCCCAGUACCUUUCGUGAAGAUUAUCAUGAAGAAGCUUACGGAUGAAUGCGUCUACAUCAAGGAAGAGGACAUUCAGUCUGCUUUUCUCAAUGAGUCACUCGCUUUCAGUGAGGAUCUUUUGCGUUCCAAGGAGAACAUCAUUUCUAGAUGCACGGUCGAGCAUCCUGUGAUUCCGGAUGCAACCCCUUUCCAGAUCGCCAGCAUGAAGAAGUUCAAGUUGAUCCAGUUUCCAAGUGAUUACAAACCACGUGACCAUUACUUUAUCGUCCCUGUGAAGGAUCGAGGCAAUUUGAAGAUCAAGAUAUGCAACAAGCCAUUCCUUGCCAAAUCGAUGGAGUCGAUCAAUUCGGUUGUGCAGAACAUCGUGAGCAUCAGAAACUUGAAGGACAAUGUCGAACGCUACAAGAAACUGUCUGAGCUGUAUACCAAGGUCGCGGGCCACUUCUUCAACACAUAUGCUCUCGAGGAAGAGGACGUUCAUGUGACCAGGAGAAUCGUCAAGUACAAGUACGCCCAGAACAAUGACGGGCGCAUGAUAUGUGAACUCGUUGUCCCAUACAACAACGAUUAUGUCGUUAUGAUCAGCAGGCAUGUUGCCACUGGUCCUUGUGUCAAUUUUACCCACAACUUCAACAUCUAUGAAGAUGGACCCGUCCCCACAGAUGGUAUCUUCUACAUCAUGGACAACAUCGUCUCAUAG